AUGGUGGGAGGAGGACCUGCGGUAUGGUGUGAGACACGGCAAGAGCUGUGUGAAGGUACUUGGUAUUUCAAGGCGUAUCAGAGCGGUGUGUACCACAGGGGCGGGGUAGUCCAGGGAUACAUGAUUGAUGGUUUCCCAGGACAACGAGAUGCCUGGAGCGAAAGGGUGUUUAUCUCUCAUGGGGGAGGAAAGAACGACCCUUUGCGACAACGGCACUCGGUUCGAUUUGAGGAUCCCAUGAGAAAGGAAGAUCUCGGGGAAGCUACUCUUCGGGCGUCUCAGGAGGAAUCGGACAGGUCCAUCCGAGUACUAAUGAAUACAUGGAGAGAGAAGAGACCUUUCGUAGUGGUUAUGGGAUCUGAAUAUACCUUGGCAGGAUUUCAAGCGUCGUACCGUUACUGCGUGUUAGGAUGGUAUGUUAUUACGCAGACAUGGGCGGAAAAAGAAUUUCCUAGUGUACUCCCGCAGGAACCCAACGCCCCGGAUUACUUUCUCCGAUACAAGUUUGCAUUCCAAUUUCUACCGAGAAACACUAUAAAGCCUUGGUUCAUGACAGAAGAGUGCGUCCGACCAUCUACACGGCAUACCUAUAAUUGUGCCUUGUGCGGGAAAGACUCGCCAAAGGUGUAUACCGCUGGAAUAUGUCUCAUACCUGACUGCGAGAGAUUUUGGAAGAUCCAAGAUGGGGAAUACUGGUCCGAUGCCCACGAACUUGAAAUUGACCCCGAGUUCCUUUGUCCUGUUCAACUUGACAGUGAUCUUGAGACCUUGAUCCCGGAGAGUAUCAUACCCCCUCCACCUCCUCUCAAUAUUGAGAGGUUCACACCAUGUGCGCUGUGGUGUCGCCGGUGUGGACGAAUAACCUGUCGUGAGAUUUGGGACAAGUGGAUAUGUGCUUCGUGCGGGUAUUUGAAAACCUAUCCGAAUACCCCCGUUCCGUGCGCCACUCUUUCAUCCACUUCAACACAAUGGAAAGAUCAUUUGGGAUGUCUCGCUGCUGCUCGAGACUCGGGCAUAAAGCGCUAUGUGGACGUCAUUGAUCAAGGGAUCUGCCGAGGACUGAUUCGGGCUACGUACGUGUUGCCUACAGGCGGGCGAAUAGAGCAUAUACUGGCGGACCCACACCAUAAGCUUGCAAAGAUUGGAAGCACUAUAUUCGAGCAAUAUCAAACUGGUGUUGUACCUUUGCGUCGAUGGCGGUUCUCUGCACACAGAGUAAAAGGUUUUCUGACACAAAACUUCUCUCAUAAUGCUGGUGAAGCCUAUCGCCACGCCAUCUCUAUGCCGUACUCCCACUUUGGGUCAGCACCAGAGCCAGUGCGACGUGCUCGAUCUAUUCUUCAAGCUGUUUCUCCUCACACGCAAAUCAAUGAGCUGCUUAGUAUAUUUUACAUGGACGGUCAGAAGAUGUCAUGGCAUGAUGAUGGAGAAAAGGAAGUGCAGGGUCCCAUUAUUGGCUGGAGUCUGGGAAGUGACUCGAUAAUGCGCUUCCGGCGCAAAAUGAAGAAGAAGAAGUGCAUUUUCGAUAUUGGGCGCGCAAAGGCGGCAAAACAACGCCGUUCAGCGCGUCCGCAGGAGAAUCGCCUCGACAGUAAGCCAGUUCAGACUGAAUCCAUGGAGCCAAUCCAGAAGAAACAGUCAGAACAAUCCACAGCAAAUAUAGAAAACUCCUUGCAUACUAUUAGCGGGCCAGUUUCUGCGAAAAUUGACGAGGGUGAGACGCAUAUUCCACGAAAAACCGUAUUAAAACUCGUUACCCGCCAUGGGGAUUUAGUCAUUAUGUACGGGAAAGCGGUUCAAACACAUUAUGAACACGCGGUAGAGCCUCAAGGUCUUCGAUUAUGCGUCACUGGUCGGACACUGCGAACGCUUACUCCGCUGUCUGAUGAGGCUUAUCCAGCAGACCCGCCUUGGUCUACCUCUCCAGGGAGUGUUCCUCUGGACUUGAACCUUCCCAAAGAGGGGCAGCCGCAAAGUAUAGAUGACAAUAUUUUGGGCGCAGCAAGACUAAUGCGACUGGCAGAUCCCCUGUGGAACUCAUGCUCACCUCUGGACAUGGAAUUCGAUGAGAUUUUUGCCCAGUCGGAUUAUGAGCCUGAUAUAAGCAGCAGCGACAGUGAGCGACAUGAUUCCGUAUUGGAUUCCGAGACCAGUGAUCUCGAAAGGAGAUUUACUUGUGCGGGACUAUUGAUGAGGAUAUCUCGUUCGUUGACCGUAGACAAUUAA